UCGAUCAAGUACAUGUACACUGGCGUUUCACGCAUAUAUGGUGGUGUACUGUGGUAUAUAUAAAUAUACAUAGAGGCAUAGGCUUCGAGGCACAGCGGCUCUCCGCCGAUGAUAAUGACUACGCCACGUCCCCUCUGUCAUCGAGCUCCUUUCUGGCGCGUUUGAGAUAUUAAAAUGUCGUAGUCGUCUCUGCCCUGCAGUCGCGUUGAGAUUUAAACGCGCCACGAGAACAUUAUCAGACCCGAUUUGCACCGAGUGUACUGCUGCUGCUGCUGCUGCUGCUGCUGCUACUUGCUGUCGUGGUGUCUCUGUGUGUAUGUGAUAGUACAGUACAUAUACAGCCCACUACGUAUAUCUAUAUGUGUGCGAACGUGUGCCUAUAUAGUGGUCAUCGGCAUUAGGGGCUGUGGCUGCUGCUGCUGCUACUGCUGCUGCUGCUCCGCAACGAGAGAUCUGCGUUCAGCUGCCACCAUUACAGCAGCUCCGACGUCGCUGAUAAUUUCGCGAUGUCAAGAACUUUGCGUUCCGAUCGCUGCGAUUUCUUCAAUAUCAUCGGUGAUAGUGUAACGAAGGCAACCGCGCGUCAAGUCCCAAGCUCGCCAGUGUAUCACGCAGAAUCGAGGCGAGGAGCCUCGACGACGUCUUCGCUCCGUUUUGUACAUAGCAGUUUAUCGCGAACUUAACCUGUACGCCAACGACCAAGAGAGAGAGAGAGAGAGAGAGAGAUUUCACAGCCAACCCGAGUGUGUAUGUACGCGAGGAUCGUAUACACACACGCAGCAGAGCUCCACAAAUCGUAUACAACAUUGCCUUACACGCCUCUUUUUGCUGUUAAUUCGAUUCACGGCAAUAGCAUUUAUUAGAUAAAAAACGAGAAAGAUGGCACACAACUUGACGCCGAGCGUCAACUGCUCCCUCGACGACAUCGAUCUGAACGCGCUCAAGGACCCGGCCGGCAUAUUCGAGCUGAUCGAGGUCGUCGGCAAUGGCACCUACGGCCAGGUGUACAAGGGCCGUCACACGAAGACCGGCCAGCUGGCCGCCAUCAAGGUCAUGGACGUCACCGAGGACGAGGAGGAGGAGAUCAAGCUCGAGAUCAACGUGCUCAAGCGCUACUCGAAUCACAGGAACAUCGCCACGUAUUACGGGGCCUUCAUCAAGAAGUCGCCGCCGGGCAAGGACGAUCAGCUCUGGCUCGUCAUGGAGUACUGCGGCGCGGGCUCCGUGACGGAUCUCGUCAAGUCGACCAAGGGCCAGAGCCUCAAGGAGGAGUGGAUAGCCUACAUAUCACGCGAGAUCCUGCGCGGUCUCAGCUACCUGCACAGCAACAAGGUCAUUCAUCGCGACAUCAAGGGCCAGAACGUGCUGCUGACGGACAACGCCGAGGUGAAGCUCGUCGAUUUCGGCGUGAGCGCCCAGCUGGACCGCACGAUCGGCCGGCGCAACACCUUCAUCGGCACGCCCUACUGGAUGGCGCCCGAGGUCAUAGCCUGCGACGAGAACCCCGAGGCCACGUACGACAACAGAAGCGACCUCUGGUCGCUGGGCAUCACCGCCCUCGAGAUGGCCGAGUCGCAGCCGCCGCUCUGCGACCUCCACCCGAUGAGGGCGCUCUUUCUCAUUCCGCGCAAUCCGCCGCCUCGUCUCAAGUCCAAGAAGUGGGCCAAAAAGUUUCACGGCUUCAUCGAGACGGUACUGGUCAAGGACUAUCAUCAGCGCCCCUACACGGAGCAGCUGCUCAAGCAUCCCUUCAUUAGGGACCAACCGACGGAGAGGCAGGUGCGAAUCCAGCUCAAGGACCACAUCGACCGAUGCAAGAAGCGCAAGCAGGAGAAGGAGCGCGACGAUUACCGAUACAGCGGCAGCGAGAACGAGGACGACGAGCCCGCCAUCGCCGGCGAGCCCUCGUCCAUCAUACAGGCGCCCGGCGGCGAUACCCUGCGUCGCAACUUCCAGCAGAUCCAGGAGGGACGCACGCUCUCGCAAGAUCUGCCCAUCAUGGGCCAUCACGGACCGCAGGUGCCGCCGCCGAAGGAGCCGCCACAGAGCAGGCGUCCGGCCGAGCGACCGAAGGAACCGGAGCCUCGACCUGCGCUACCGCAUCGGUUGAUAGUCGUGCCGGAUCCUCAUCCGCCGUCACGUCCGUUGCCACCUACCCCGAAGGACGACCCGCGCUUGCCACCGUCGCACAAGGCGCCCACGCCGCCCUCGAAUCACCACGCUCAGUUGCCGAGCAGCAGCAGUCACAGCGCUGGUGGCGCGGCCGGCGCGGCUGGUCAACGCAACAGCCACGUGUUCAAGCCCAUGGCCCUGAUGAUCGAGAGCGACAGCGACGACGACAUGGAGGAGCCCGUCGGCGCGGGUAACAACCGCAACGACGGCACCCUGCUGGCCAGCGAUCCGCCCAAGCCGUUGCCACAGCUCGACGAGUCGCCCGGACCCGCCGCGGCGCCGCGCAGCGCGCCCAAUCGUCCGCUGCCGCCAACUCCCGACGAGGAGGGCGCCGCCGAGGGACAGGCCCCGCCACCCGCCGCCAAGCGACCCGAGCGCGCGUCCCGACCGCCGCCCUCGUCGGACUUCCAGAGGCUGGACUCGCCGGGCUCGCGCACCAGCUCGGUUCUGCCCGACCUGCUCACCUCGUCGCCGGGUCAGCGUCAAGACAAAUCCAUCAGCGAGGAGUACCGGCAGGCCGUCAAGUCGCCUCCGCUGGCUCUGCAGCAGAAGCAGCGCUCGUUCCUCACGUUCGGAUUCGGUGCUGGUCCCGCGCGACGCGAGUCGCACGUCAACGUCAACGUCACGCCCACCGGUCACGACAUGGGCAGCGACACACCCGAGAUACGCAAGUACAAGAAGCGCUUCAACAGCGAGAUACUGUGCGCCGCGCUCUGGGGCGUCAACCUGCUCAUCGGUACCGAGAACGGACUCAUGCUGCUCGACCGUAGCGGUCAGGGCAAGGUGUACCAGCUCAUCAGCAGGCGACGCUUCCAGCAGAUGGAGGUGCUCGAAGGCCAAAAUAUUCUCGUAACCAUCAGUGGCAAGAAGAAUCGCGUUCGCGUUUACUAUCUCAGCUGGUUGAAGAGCAAGAUUUUGCGUACCGACGGACACAGCGAACAAGUGGAGAGACGAAACGGUUGGAUCAACGUCGGCGAUCUGCAGGGUGCAGUUCACUUCAAAAUUGUCAAGUACGAGCGAAUCAAAUUCCUCGUAAUCGCCCUGAAGGAGUCCAUCGAAAUUUACGCCUGGGCGCCGAAACCCUAUCACAAGUUCAUGGCUUUCAAAUCAUUCGGUGAAUUGGCCCAUCGGCCACUGCUCGUCGAUCUCACGGUCGAAGAGGGCACGCGUCUCAAAGUCAUCUACGGCAGUACCGAUGGUUUCCACGCCGUUGAUCUCGACUCCGCCACCGUCUACGACAUUUAUUUGCCCAAGCACACGCAGGGACCCAUAAGUCCGCACUGCAUCGUCACCCUGCCCAACAGCAAUGGCAUGCAACUGCUCCUCUGCUACGAUAACGAAGGUGUCUACGUGAACACUUACGGCCGAGUAUCCAAGACCAUGGUUCUUCAGUGGGGUGAAAUGCCCACGAGCGUCGCUUAUAUCGGCAUCGGACAGAUCAUGGGCUGGGGAAACAAAGCCAUAGAGAUUCGCAGCGUCGAAAGUGGACAUCUCGAUGGCGUUUUCAUGCACAAAAAAGCUCAACGCCUGAAAUUCCUCUGCGAGCGCAACGAUAAGGUCUUCUUCUCGUCGGCCAAGGGCGGAAGCUCGUGUCAAAUUUACUUCAUGACUCUCAACAAGCCCGGCAUGGCCAAUUGGUGAUCAAAUUUUCUACGUUUCCAGAAUUUAUACUCUAGCCAGACCCUCACCUCCAUGCGUACUCUCAUUAGAAACAAAUUUCAAUUGAAAGUACCCCGUGAGGCAGAAAAACAAAUCAACCUAGGGAAUGUACGCUGUUCCCUACCAAAUGCUCAAUUUUUAAAAAGUUACAUAAAUAAGGUACUGAAAUGGCUAACGAAGGGUAUCCACCUCUAGCUGUCAAAUGAUAAUGUUUAUUACUAAUUUUUUUUAUCAUUUAUAUUGAAUUCUUACAGUUAUAGUAAUUGCCAUUCUCUGUAUUUAAUCGGUUCUAUCCGAAUUGUGGUAUCAAUUGUAGCUAUUACGAGUUGCAUUAAAUAUCGGGCACACAAUUCUUAUUAUGAGAAUAUUAAGACCAAAUUGACUGAAUUCAAAAGUAUGGUCAGCUGAGGAUGCGUAAGCAAGCAUCCUACUCCUUGUCAAACCAAAAAUAUUGAUUCAAUGAAGCAGAGAAAAAUAUAAAGAAAGUCAACAAUUUCUUAUGUUCACAUUAAUUAGCGAAAAUUGCAUUAUUUAAUUAACGGUUUUGUACCUGUGGUACUGAAAUCGUCUUUAAAAUUCAUAUAUUUAUAAAUUAUUUUUUAGAGUUUAUUCUAUGUAAAUUGUCUUGUUUUGGAGUUUGAAGACUAUGUAUAACAAUUAUAAUAAUUUACUUUUUUAUUUAUUUGAAACCGUUAAAUUGUUAUAUAACAAAGUACUUACGAAAUUAACCGGAUUCUCACACGAUCAAAUGGUUAUUUUUAAGUAUCGCUUGAGUCUUAAUGCAUAAAAAAAAUUUCGCACCAUUAUUUCUAAUGUUAAUAGUAUCAAAACCAAUGAUUUGUGCUUUUCAAAUUUAUUCAGAUUAUAAUGUGAAUACUAAUGUAAAUAGUUUUAAUUUCUAAGAGCCAAACAUUCAGUGAAAUAAUUUUCUGAUUAGUAAGGGUUAUUUGUAUCAAUGUAAAUGGAUGGUCGUGAAAAGUCAUGCAAUAUGUGUUUAAACCAUUUUUAUCUGUUGUCAAGUACCAUGACUGCUAAAAGCUAAAAUUUAUGUUAUAAUUAUAGCUUUAUUUUCUCUUACUAAUAAAAACUCACAUUUUUCAUAAUAAGAACAAAUUAUAGUAACUUUUUUAUUUAUUACUUCAUAAGAUAGCAUUAUAUUUUAUAAAUAUAACAAUGAUAAAUUUUUUAUAUUAUACAACAGUAAAGUAUACUCAACUUAUAAAGUACUGAGUUCUUGAAUGAUUUUAUACCAUUUUGGUGUUAUUUCAAAUGGUCGAAUUUUAUAUCUCUUUCUUUUUAUAGUACAUAUUACAGACACAUUUUUAUAAACCUUUGUAUAAAUCACAAUUUUUGUAAACUCGUAAUUGUAAGAUUUUUGUUGUGUUAAUUUUAAGGACCAUUUAAGAAAUCAAAUUCAAAAACAUAA